AUGAACUCUCUCUCUCGCCUGGAUACGUUCAUUGCGCGCCUGGCAGGCUCGGGCCUAGGGCCAAAGGGCAAGCUCGCCGCAACCCCAUUAGCAUCCUCGCAUCCUUCGGCUGUUAGUGCCGAACCGGGCCCUUCGUCCUUGGCGUCUGGCCACCACAUCCCCUUUGCAUCAUCUGGUCUCUCAUCCUCGUCUGUAUCUGCAUCUCCAGCACGCCGCGCGCGGAGGCGGAGACGUCGAGUCCCAACCGGCACGAGCAUCAAGCUUCCCCCACCCACCACGCCACUGCUUCUUCGCGUAGCACUAGCACUGUGGUCAAUCCUUCUGGCAUUCUGGCGCUCGCUCGUUGGCGAUACCCGCGCAGUCCGCAUCCUGCGUCACAAGCAGCGCGGGUUGCGCGCGUGUGAUUCACCGCCUCCCGAACCCGUCGAGGCGCCAUUGCCAUCACCCGCAUCCUCUGCAACAUCGGAUAUUGUACUCGUUGAAGCGACAUCAGAUGAAGGCUCCGCGUCCGAAGCCGAGUGGAUCGACCCCGUGACCCGCGCCGACAGCGCCGUGGGCGACACUAGAGACGAGUCGGCUGUGAGCGAGACCGAACGCAAGGACACGUUCAACCUCUCCCUCCGCUCCGGGCACAGCAAGGAGACGGUAUUGUUCCGCGGCAUCCUCGACACCAAGCUCGAGGCUGAGGCCAAUCACAAGGUCGAGCACGAGGCCGACAUCGGACCCCGUCGGGCACGCCUCCUCCCCAACCCUAUGACAACGAGCUUGCUUGACCCGAGCGUCCCAGCGGCACCACAGAGACACGCGAGUCCCGCCAUCCCAGCUCCAAUCGUCGUCCGGCCACCACACCAGACACCAUUCCACCUCCAGAAGACGCUGAUCCUCGACCUCGACGAGACUCUCAUCCACUCGACAUCCCGGCCAAUCGGCAGCUCGAGCUCUGGCGGCGGUAUGCUUGGGAUUGGGUCUGGAUUGUUCGGGCGCCGCGGGCGUCGGGAGGGCCAUACGGUCGAGGUGGUGCUCAAUGGCCGCUCGACGACGUACCACGUCUACAAGCGACCAUACGUCGAUUUCUUCCUCAAGAAGGUCGCCUCAUGGUACACGCUGGUCAUCUACACUGCUAGUAUGCCCGAGUACGCCGACCCAGUCAUCGACUGGCUCGACAACGGGCGAGGGCUGUUCGCCAAGCGGUUGUACCGUGAGAGCUGUUUCCUCCAGCCCAGCGGAAGCUACAUAAAGGACCUCGCUCUCGUUGAUCCAGACCUUGGCCGCGUGUGCUUCAUGGACAACUCGCCCAUCUCGUACAAUUGGAACAAGGCCAACGCGCUUCCGAUUGAGGGCUGGACCUCGGAUCCCAACGACGAGGCGCUGCUUCAGAGCAUACCUGUUCUUGACAGCUUGCGAUUUGUCACGGACGUGCGACACAUCCUGGGUAUUCGCGGCUUUAAUUAG